CACUGCAGCACCGGGAGGAGGCGCGGGCGGAGGCGGGGCCGGAGGACCGCAGCGUGGGAGCCGGGAGCCACUUUCCCGCCCCUCCUCUCGCCGCCCACACGCCCGGAGGAGCCGCCACUCGGCGCCCGCAGGAGCGGGUGGCAGACGGAGACGGCCCCGGAGCGCGAGCGGAGCGGCGCCCGCGCGGUGGCGGCUGCAGCGCCGGUAGCACCCGAGGCGGGGGUCCCCGGCGGCCGCGGCGUUCUGUUUUGAACCCAAAGUGGAUGAUGCUGUUGGGGCUGAGCCACUGACCAAAGAUCUAUAAAAAAUUCCCACCUUCAUAUUGGCUAUCAGUUGAGAUACCAUGGAAGACUCUUACAGGGAUAGGACUUCACUGGUGAAGGGUGCCAAGGACAUUGCCAAAGAGGUGAAGAAAAAAACAGUAAAGAAGGUGAAUCAAGCAGUGGACCGGGCCCAGGAUGAAUACACCCAGAGGUCCUACAAUCGGUUCCAGGACGAAGAAGAGGACGAUGACUAUUACCCGCCCGGAGAAACCUACGGUGGGGAGGCCAAUGAUGAUGAAGGCUCCAGUGAAGCUACUGAGGGUCACGAUGAAGAUGAUGAGAUUUACGAAGGGGAGUAUCAGGGCAUCCCCAGUACGAACCAAGGGAAAGACAGCAUCGUGUCAAUGGGGCAGCCCAAGGGUGAUGAGUACAAGGACCGCCAGGAGCUGGAGAAGGAGAGGAAAGCAGACGAGGAAGAACUAGCUCAGCAGUAUGAGCUGAUAAUCCAAGAGUGUGGUCAUGGCCGUUUUCAGUGGACCCUUUUCUUUGUCCUGGGCAUGGCCCUCAUGGCGGACGGUGUGGAGGUGUUUGUUGUUGGCUUUGUGUUGCCCAGCGCCGAGACGGACUUGUGCAUACCAAAUUCCGGAUCCGGGUGGCUAGGCAGCAUAGUCUACCUCGGGAUGAUGGUGGGGGCAUUCUUCUGGGGAGGACUGGCAGACAAAGUGGGAAGGAAGCAGUCUCUUCUGAUUUGCAUGUCCGUCAACGGAACCUUUGCCUUCCUUUCCUCGUUUGUCCAAGGCUAUGGCUUCUUUCUCUUCUGUCGCUUACUUUCCGGAUUUGGGAUCGGAGGAACCAUGCCCAUUGUGUUCUCCUACUUUGCGGAAGUGCUGGCCCGAGAGAAGCGGGGCGAGCAUCUGAGCUGGCUCUGCAUGUUCUGGAUGAUCGGCGGCAUCUACGCCUCUGCUAUGGCCUGGGCCAUCAUCCCGCACUACGGAUGGAGCUUCAGCAUGGGGUCGGCCUACCAGUUUCACAGUUGGCGUGUGUUCGUGAUUGUCUGCGCCCUCCCCUGUGUCUGCUCGGUGGUGGCCCUCACCUUCAUGCCGGAAAGCCCCCGGUUCCUAUUGGAGGUUGGAAAACAUGAUGAAGCUUGGAUGAUUCUGAAGUUAAUUCAUGACACUAAUAUGAGGGCACGGGGUCAGCCUGAGAAGGUCUUCACGGUAAACAGAAUCAAAAUCCCAAAACAAAUAGAUGAAUUGAUUGAAAUUGAGAGUGACACAGGAACGUGGUACAAAAGGUGUUUCGUUCGGAUCCACACAGAACUGUACGGAAUUUGGUUGACUUUUAGGAGAUGUUUCCACUACCCAGUUAGGGAAAAUACAAUAAAGCUUACAAUCGUUUGGUUCACCCUGUCCUUUGGGUACUAUGGAUUAUCUGUUUGGUUCCCUGACGUCAUUAAACACCUGCAAUCAGAUGAAUAUGCAUUACGAACUAGAACUGUGCCAAGAGAGAAAUAUGCCAAUUUCAGUAUCAACUUUACAAUGGAAAAUCAGAUCCAUACCGGAAUGGAAUACUACAAUGGCAGAUUUCUCGGGGUCAAGUUCAAAUCUGUAACUUUCAAGGAUUCGCUUUUUAAGGCCUGCACUUUUGAGGACGUGACUUCAGUCAACACCUACUUCAAGAACUGCACAUUUAUUGACACUGUUUUUGACCACACGGAUUUCGAGGAGUAUAAAUUCAUUGACAGUGAAUUUCAAAACUGCUCCUUUUUUCACAAUAAAACGGGAUGCCAGAUUACCUUUGAUGAUGACUACAGUGCCUACUGGAUUUAUUUUGUCAACUUCCUGGGAACAUUGGCGGUGUUACCAGGGAACAUCGUGUCUGCUCUCCUGAUGGACAGAAUUGGGCGCUUGACGAUGCUGGGUGGCUCUAUGGUGCUUUCGGGGAUUAGCUGUUUCUUCCUUUGGUUUGGCACCAGCGAAUCCAUGAUGAUAGGUAUGCUGUGUCUGUACAACGGGUUGACCAUCUCGGCCUGGAACUCUCUGGAUGUAAUCACUGUGGAACUGUACCCCACAGACCGGAGGGCAACAGGCUUUGGCUUCUUGAACGCACUCUGCAAAGCUGCCGCCGUCCUUGGGAACUUAAUAUUCGGCUCCCUGGUCAGCAUCACCAAAGCAAUCCCCAUCCUGCUGGCCUCCACCGUGCUCGUGUGUGGAGGCCUGGUGGGGUUCCGCCUGCCUGACUCACAAACCCAGGUCCUGAUGUAACGGGAAAAAAGCCAUCCCUCCGCCUGUGUUUCUUUCUCCUGCCCUGUGUCAUCUCUCCUGACCGACUCAACACUUCAGAUUUUUUCAGAUAUAAAAGGUGGUCAAAUGUCAGAACACGAACUCUUGCUGCGACUAAAAUUUAGAUGCAUACCAUCGUGCCCCUUAAAUGUGAUUUUGCAGAGGGUUUGGGUUUAGUUUUGUUUUUCAUGCAUCGUUAUCUUUCCUGACGACCGCUACUGCCUCCCCAAAUUCUAGUGGAAGCAUUUUUUCAAAUGUCCUGGUCAGCCGGGCCUCUCUGAGGUUCUCUCGCUGCAGGCCUGGGAGCUAAGAUGAGGACUGUGUUGCUAUAAGAAAUAGAUCCUGCUCCCAGUUCAACAUUCACAGGAAGUAUAAGUUGGCAUAUUAUUGCAUUUGUGCUGAGGAGAGGGGUUCUUUUUUUUCUCGUUUUUUUUUUCCAAACAGAGUGACAUUUCCUGUUUACUUAGAAAAGGACACCCAGCAAUUCUAGCUGUAACAGCAGAGCCUUUCAAAGAAAACCAUGUGGUACCAAACAGGGCUGGGUGGGGCUCUUUCAGGAGCGACAAUUAAGGUGGCUCUGCUGACAAGAAAAAUAAAGGCUCUGCAGUGAGCAGCCCAGGUCUGCCUGAGCUGCAAAAGCAAGGUUUCUUCCAGAAAACCCUGUUCAUGCUGAAAAUGUGAGGAAAGUGUGUCUGUGAUUGUGGCAUGAGGUUCAGAAUGUUAGAAAAUGAGAGAGAGAGAGGGAGAUCUUUGGCCUCCACUCCCCCUUCCUCCCCCUGCCCCAGCCAUGUAUCUUGCCAGAAAACAGAUUCAGGAAAAGAAAGCCUCUUUCUAAACAUUGGGUCUGCCUACCUGAUUCUGCCAUUCAUCCAAGCUGUUUCUAGUCUAGAGACUGCCAGGCAUCUGCGUUGUUGUAAAUUUUAAAUCAGGGAGACUUUCACACCUAAAGCCAUUUGGAAAUGCAAAGUGAUACCUGGAGGGACAGGAGCCCCAGUGUUUGACAUUGGACUCCAUAGCUGGCUUCCCGAAGCAGGUCCCAGCUUCUGUCUUCCCCGGGGCCGGGGCACGGGCCAGGGUGUUGUGUGUGGGAUCGCAGCCUGACGGGCCCCAGGGGCCCUCUGGCAGGCACGGCAGCCUCUCCCAGCCGUGUGCGGCUGCUCGUUUUAUCGUUUUAUCGGCGCAGCCUGCCUGGGCCUGGAAGAGAGAGGUCAGCAGGACAUUCCCACGGGCUGUCAGCUCUGUGACCUCCUCACCCAUCAGGCCUGCCCCUUCUCCAAGCUCAUGCUUUUUGCUCAUCUUCUUUGAAAUCUGAAGCCGUCUUGUAGACAGGCGGCAGUGACCAGAAGCCAGGAAUAGAUGCCGUAUUAAAACAAUAUUCCUUUUUUUAACUCUCUCUUUCUUGUGAGAGGAUUACCUCUUACUUAUUAUAGGCGUUUCCAGCAGGCCUCAGCCUCGCUAAGGAGAGCCUUUGUUUCCAAUAGUCAUUGCAUUCAAAGCUGUCUUAACCCCAGAGGCCCCUCUGCUCCCCCUCCCACCCUAAUGAUCCUGGUCGAGCUCCAGACUGCGGAGUGCAGACUCCCUGAAAAGCUCCUUUCAUUAACAUAAGCCAUUAAUCGACUCCCCCUUGAAGUAAUUCUGGUCUGGAGGGGGGAGGGGCAGCCGGGGGUUGGGGCUGGCAGGAAGAGGGUGGUUCCCUGGGGACCCAGCUUAGGGCCAGAACGUCAGGAAAACUCAAACCAAAAACUGCUAAGGUGGCUGGCAGAAGGAAAAUCAAUAAAGCCUAAAUGAGAUCUAUUGGACCGAUAGCAGCAUGGCCGGGAAGGAAACAGGACUCGCUCUCAGGUCUGCCUGUUGUCAUAUUGCCGGAGAACAAAGACGGCAGUCACAAACCAAGAAGGGACCCUGUGUGUUACUCUUCUUCCGUGUGGACUUGCUUCUCCUCCUCUCCACCCCUUGAUUUCUCUUCUUGGAAAGGACAUAUCUGGGGACCGGAGCAGGAGUAUCUUUGCUUUUUGGUUUUUUGUUUGUUUGUUUGUUUGUUUGUUUAGUUGCAUGUAGCCUGUGUGGCAAUAACAGCAAAAGAAAGAUGUGUGUCCUCCAUUCACUAAUUCAAAAGAAAAGCAGAAGUGUGCAUGGAUGCCAUACUCUUGUCUUCUGUGAUCCCUGACUCUGCUUGCUGGACUGCCUUUCCUUUCAGAAAGAUCUCCCACGUCCACUGUAGCUCUGAGUGCAUAAACCGUCUCCCAGGCUGCGGAGCUCCGUUUACAGGGAAUUUUAUAGGAACGCUGGGUUGGGUCAGAAUAAGGUAAACCAGCAGAACCCCACGGGCCAUGAGACCGGCCGUCAUACAUCCCCUUCCGAAGGGCCUUUCUCGGCCUUCGUGUCACCUAACCCAAGCCUCCCAGAGGGAUCUGUUCUAAUCUCCUGGACAGUCAGUGGUCACAAACCUUCUUGGUCACCACCUUUUCCACCUUUCCUGCAGUUUUCUCUGCCUCCCGCUGUUCCCACCACCAGGAUUAUCUAGGAGAGCUCAGGUUCUUCCCAAAGUAUGUGGUGUGGCCUGUCCGGCUUGUUCUGGGGUUAGCCAGAUUAAGAUAGAGCCAUGCGAUGAAACAGAAACUCUCCAUUCUAGCAAUGUAGGAGACUGCUGGCUUAUAGACACACACCCAGCACCUCAUUUCAGCUACAACAGAAGGAAAGUGAGAGUGUGUGCGAAAGCAAAGGUCCUGGAAACAGCCCCACUUGCUCCUCUUUUUCUAACUCCUUUUCUACCUAAAGUUUCCUCAUAGCUGUUUGGAACCAAUCCAGAAUGUGCCUGAACCCUAUUAUUACUGCUGGGUCCUCACGGUAGGAAAGAAAACCCAGCUGCUCCAAACUGUAAAUCCUGUACCACGUUACAGCCCCAGCUCCCAGGCAGGCCUGUGCCUUGGAAGCCAAACCCAGCAUCCAGGCGUCUUCUUAGGUCCAGAGUGCCUGCCCUGGGAGAUAAGAUAGGUGGGUCCUAGCCCCACUCCACCACUAACCAAUAGUGAGAUCCAGAUCUUGCUGGGGAGAAUGUUAGUCAUCGAACAUUCCCUGUCUAUAGAGUAAAGGAUUGGGACUAUUUUAGGAUUCUGGAGAAUCUGCCUGAAAAGGGGGAUUAUCUACCUUUCGAUGAUAAACUCAUCGUUAUAAACACCAAGUAGGUUCAAAUUAGAAACUAAAACAGUGGGAAAUAGGCAUGUAUACAAGAGUUCAAGGAGUUGUUUGGAAGCCCUGGUGAAUGGGCAGAGAACAUAAGUCUCAUGUGGUUUGUGCUUCCUGCCUGGUAGGAUCUGGAGCGUUAUCUCGAUUUAAUGCUGGUUCCACCCUUAUCUCUGCCCAGGGAAGGACCCACCCUGUCAGGCAGAUGACUCUCCAGUCACACUGCUAUCGCAGAGGCUGUGUCCUAUAGUUACCUCUUCCCACUUCUCACUUUAUUCUUAAAACUUUGUCUAAGUAGAUCUAGGCCUUCAGAAACAAAGUUAUUAAGUGAUUUCACCUAAGUUGGCAACUAUACCUUCACUUACAAAUCUCACCAAAUCGGAAUUCAGGAUUAUGCC